AGUCUCUGCUCGCCACAAUGUCUCUUCAACAGCGGGUUCAGCCCCGCCAGGCGCAUACCCCUGGCACGACCGUCCUGAGCUACACACCGGACGGCAAGAAAUUGAUUACCGCUGGGGCGAGCAACCCAAUACGCGUUUUUACCAGCGGAUCGGACGCAGAACCCAUAAACAUUGACGAUUGCAUGCCAGAUAACACCUGUGUGGUUGCAAGUAACACCUUCUUCAUAGCUGGCUCCGAGGACGGAACGGUUUGCAAAUACUCCUUGGAGACCAACUCGCUUGAAACCAUACUUGUACGGAGUACAUUGGCUGUCAGAGAUGUCGCAUUGUCUCCAGAUGCAAACUGGGUGGCUGUUGCUAGCGACGAGCUUGUUGUUAAAGUCGUGAACACGAAAGAUAUGACCCGAGUAUUUCGGCUCCAAGAACAACCGAAGGCCGUCAAGCAUGUAGCCUUCGACAAUAGCGGAACAUACCUCGCGGUAUCCUGCACGGACGGCCAGAUCUACGUAUAUUCGAUGAGCUCUGAUGAGCCUCAACUGAUAAAGAAGGUGGACGACAUGAUUAGGAGCAUGGGUUCCGCUUCCGAAGCGAGCUCCAAGGUGUUGUGGCAUCCCGAUGGACGAGCGUUCGCGACACCAACAACAACCAGGGAGAUACAAGUGAUGUCACGCCUUGAUUGGCACCGACAGAAGACUUUCAAGACUGAUCAUAUUGGCGACAUAACCGCUGCGGCCUGGUCGCCCAACGGCGCAUUCCUAGUCACCACUGCCACGGAUCGAAAGCUUUACCUAUGGGAUUCGAAAACGCUCAAAGUGAUCAAAACUUACGAUGACAUCCGAGAAACAGUUCUGGCAGUCGCAUGGCACCCAACGGAAAACACCAUUUCGUACACUAAUGGCGAGGGCCAGCUUUUUAUCCGUCCUGGCUUUGUCCCUGAAGAGCACGCUGCCCUACUUCGACAGGGUCUUCAGCCAGCACCCUUUCUUCAUGAUCCUCUUGCCGAAAAUGGAGCCAACGGAGUACGCAGAAUAGUCAAUGGCCCAGAAAAACUAGCAAUGCGAGGAGCACGGGCGGGUACGCCUGAUUCUCUGGAUGACAUGCUCGAUGGGAUGUCCGACGCUGAAGAUGAGGGCUUCGUUGUAGACGACGACGGUGCGGGUUACGCAGAUGAGGUGAUCAACGGCCAUGGGAAACGAACGAACGGUCAUCUCGAUGCCUACAAUGGCGCAUCGAAACGGAGGGUUCCUGCUUCACACUCCUUCGAGCCUGAAGUCCGCCCAUCAUUUCAACCCGGAAGCACACCGUGGCAAGGCAAUCGACGGUAUCUAUGCCUGAAUCUAACGGGUUUCGCUUGGACAGUCAGCCAGGAAACUCAUCACACGGUCACCGUGGAAUUCUACGACCGGGAAGCUCAUCGCGAUUUUCACUUCACGGACCCAUAUCUGUACGACAAGGCCUGUCUUAACGAUAACGGCGCACUUUUCUCGAGCCAGCCUAACGGUGCGAGCCCGGCAAUGAUCUUCUACAGGCCCCACGAGACGUGGACUACACGAACCGAAUGGCGCACCGAGUUGCCUGCUGGUGAAGAGGUUAGUGCCAUCGCACUGAGCGAAUCCUAUGCAGUUGUGACCACAUCCUCAAAUUACGUUCGCAUCUUUACCCUUUUUGGUGUUCCGAUUCGAGUAUAUCGACAAAAGAGCUCGCCGACCGUAACGUGUGCUGCAUGGCGAGACUACGUUAUGACAAUAGGAAAUGGGCCUGUUGGAGGAGAUGGCAUAUGUCGCCUUCUUUAUACCAUCGAAAAUAUCAAACGCGAUGAAACAUGUCAAAGCGAAGACGUUGUGGCACUAGCACCAGGCGCAAGUCUCCAAAGCGUAUUUUUCUCUGACAAUGGCGACCCGUACAUAUAUGAUUCCACUGGCGUUCUACUAACACUUCUUCACUGGCGAACACCAUCCCAGGCACGCUGGACACCGCUCUUGGAUACACGCCAACUUUCCCGUUUGGCCGCGGGCACGAAGACGGAAUCCUACUGGCCAGUUGCAGUUGCAGGAAACAAAUUCUACUGCGUGAUUCUCAAAGGUGCAGACAAGCAUCCUUACUUCCCUCGCUCGAUCCUCACAGACUUCGAAUUCCAGAUCCCGCUCUCCGGGCCGCGCCCGUCUAAGAAAGGGAAAAGCGCCGAGGACACAGAAAUGGAUGACGACACCAAAGAAGCCGCAAAUAAACAGCUGGAGAUCGAAGAGCGCUUCGUCCGGAACUCGGUCCUGCUGGCACAACAAGCGGAUACGUUCUCCGUUACCCGUACAACGUCUGAUCAACGCCAUGCUCUUGCGCUUCGGGAGUCCGAUGUCAACAAAGCGCUGCUCCAACUCCUGCAGCUCGAGUGCCUUGCUGGAGAGGAGCGCGGCAUGAAAGCGCUGGAAAUUGUUGGACUAUUGAAGGACCCGAAUGGGAACAUGUUGACGGCUGCCGAGAAGCUGGCGCGGAAAUACCAGCGUGAUGUCUUGGCUGAGAAGAUUCGAGAGCUGGCGGAGCGGAGGCUGGUCGGCUUGGAUGCGGACGAGGAGAUGGAUUAGGGAUUCAUGAGGGUGCAUUUCAGGCGUUUGUUUAGGUAUGUUGAUACGAGCGUCUAAUUCAGAGCGUGUGGAACUUGGCAUCAUGUUGCUGAAGUCUCUCACCUGCGUGAGGCGCCCGGAGCCGUGUCAUACCUCCCAAGAUGAAGGAAUGAGAAUAUGCGAAUUAGGGUGCUUGUCAAACGAAUAGGUUGAGUUGUCAUGUCAUUUCCUUCGGUCUGAUUCACGGUGUCGAAAACAUGACAUCGUGCUGUUGAAAUCUCGCACCUGCGUUAGGCGCCCGGAGGCGUAUCACAUCCCCCAAGAUGAAAGCAUGAGAAAAUACCAUUUACAACGGCCGACAAAAUGUAAUGAUUUUGUAAUGUUAUUUCCACAGGUCUAAUUCAGAGCGUCCGGAACGUGACAUUGUACUCUCCCAGACUUCGGAACGUCCUGAGGCGCCUGAAACUGUAUCAACGCCUCCAAACGAAACCCUAAGAAUGUGCGAUUUACAGCG